UUUUCUCUCGCUGCACAACCAACUUGUCACCAAAGAUGGCGAUUUGCUGAGUGCUCAUGGAUACACACAUUUCUCGGCUAGUUUGUUAUCUUCACAGAAACGCCAACUUUUAAAACUAAUUAACUGCGUUCGCGAGCGACUAUUUUCGCCACUUGAAGCCAACCUGACACCACGUGAGCCACCGCCACCAUGCAGAUCACGCUUAAAACUCUGCAGCAGCAGACAAUUCAAAUUGAGAUAGACCCCGAGAAAACGGUGAAAGCCUUAAAAGAGAAGAUAGAAACAGAAAGAGGAAAAGACAACUUUCCUGUGUCGGGGCAGAAGCUUAUAUAUGCUGGAAAGAUCCUGCAAGAUGACACACCUAUUAAGGAAUACAAAAUUGACGAGAAGAGUUUUGUUGUAGUGAUGGUGUCAAAGGCUAAGCCAGCAGCUGCUGCCUCACCGCCAGUCUCAGAAGCCCCCAAGCCCCCCGUACAAGACUCUGGCUCCACGUCAACAGCUGCCCCAGCCACAACGCCAGUUUCAGCCCCAGUCCCUACUCCAGCAGCUGUCCCCAUUCCCCCUGAGGAGGCCAAAGAGGAGCCAAGUGCCGCAGCCACAGAACAACAACCAGCCAGCAGUGGGAGUCAGGGCUUGGAUGCCUCCUCAGCGCUGGUGACGGGAGCCGAAUAUGAGGUCAUGCUGACAGAGAUCAUGUGUAUGGGCUACGAAAGAGAGAGAGUGGUGGCUGCACUAAGGGCCAGUUUCAACAACCCCCACAGAGCGGUGGAGUACCUUCUUACUGGUAUUCCCAGCAGCCCAGUCCAGGAGAGUAAUCCCCCAGCACAAGCUCCCACAUCUGGACCCACAGAAGCCCCAUCUCUAGCAGAGGGAGAGAACCCACUUGCAUUCCUGCGAACCCAGCCUCAGUUUUUGGACAUGAGACAGGCCAUCCAGCAGAACCCUGCUUUGCUCCCAGCUCUGCUCCAGCAGCUUGGCCGGGAGAAUCCUCAGCUUCUACAGCAAAUCAGUCAACAUCAGGAGCUAUUCAUCCAGAUGUUGAAUGAGCCAGUGGGAGAGGGGGGUGAUGCGCCAGAGGUUGGAGAGAUGGGGGCAGCAGGGGAGGAGGGCGCACCUGUCAACUAUAUCCAGGUUACACCUCAAGAGAAGGAGGCCAUAGAAAGGUUAAAAGCGUUGGGUUUUCCUGAGGCUCUGGUGAUCCAGGCCUACUUCGCCUGCGAGAAGAACGAGAACCUGGCGGCAAACUUUCUCCUCAACCAGGGUCAGGAAGACGACUGAGCAGAAGAGAUCACUGCCUUCCUGCUCUUCCCUCCUACACCUCCCCUCUUCAGCUCAGCAUAAAGACUGCACCCCCAAAUUACUGUACAGCCACCAACCUCAGCUCUACCCAACAAGAGGGGAGGAGAGGGGAGAGCCAGCAGGAGGGUGUG